UACUUUCUGUUCACAUGUAAUUCUUCCAAAAUAUGCCCACAUUCUGGUUAUAAAUACUUCUCACCGUUUGUAGGCUUAAGCUCAUAGUUGUUGGAGAUGGAGAAGUUUGAGGUGGAGAAGCACAAAAAUGAAGACAGCCCAGAUUUCAAUGGCAAGAAGAAGAAGCAGCUCGGAGGCAUUAGGACAAUGCCAUUCAUCCUAGCAAAUGAAAUAUGUGACAAAUUUGCUGCUGCUGGCUUUCAUGCCAAUAUGAUCACUUACCUAACUCAGGUGCUCAACCUGCCUCUUGUCAAGGCUUCCAACACCCUCACCAAUUUCAGCGGCACGUCGAGCUUCACGCCCCUCGUGGGCGCUUUCAUAGCCGACUCCUUCGCAGGCCGCUUUUGGACCAUCAUCGUCGGCUCCAUCAUCUACUUGCUGGGAAUGGUUGCAAUUACAGUAUCAGCAGUGAUGCCUCAGCUCAGACCACCACCAUGUCCAAGCCAGGAGAAUUGCCAGGAAGCCUCAAGCAAACAGCUCUCGAUCCUCUACCUCGCGCUACUCCUAACAUCGCUAGGGACGGGUGGCAUUAGGCCGUGUGUGAUGACAUUUGCAGCAGAUCAGCUGGAGAUGAGCAAAGAGAAAACAGAGUCUAGAAGCUGGAACUUCUUCAACUGGUACUAUUUCUGCAUGGCAACGGCCUCUCUGCUCGCUGCAACAGUCGUCGUCUACAUCCAAGAACACGUCAGCUGGGGCUGGGGGCUCGGAAUCCCAACAGCAGCAAUGGCAAUAUCCCUCAUAGCAUUCCUAUUAGGCUCCUCAAUGUACAGGAAAAUCAAGCCAGGAGGGAGCCCCUAUGUCCGAGUGGUACAAGUCAUCACAGCAGCCAUCAAGAAACGACGCGUCCCUGUCCCUCCCCCAACCACCCUCUACGAGAACAGACACCUCGACGCUCCCAUCUCCACCGAUGGGAGGCUCCUCCACUCCAAUCAACUCAAAUGGCUAGAUCGCGCGGCCGUAGUGGUGGGAUCAGAAUCAGAAUCAACAUCAAAACCAAACCUAUGGAGGCUAGCAACAGUCCACAGAGUUGAAGAGGUGAAAAGCAUGAUCAGGCUCCUCCCAAUCUGGGGUGCAGGGAUACUACACGUGGCCUCGCAUUCCCAUCUUGGAAGCUUCACAAUCGUGCAAGCUCGAAGCAUGAACCGCCAUCUGUCACCCUCAUUCGAAAUCCCACCAGCAAGCAUGUCCAUCUUCAGCACCCUCACAGUCCUCUCCUGCCUCCCCCUCUACGAGCGCCUCUUUGUGCCCCUGGCCCGACGUUUCACAGCCAACCCCACCGGCCUAACCUGCCUGCAGCGGAUGGGGGUGGGCUUCGGGAUCAACAUCCUCGCCACCAUCGUCUCUGCACUGAUAGAAAUGAAGAGAAAAGCAGCAGCAGCAGAUCACAACCUCUUAGACAAACCAACUGCAAUAAUCCCCAUCACAGUUUUCUGGCUAGUCCCGCAGUAUUGCCUGCACGGAUUGGCCGAGGUGUUCAUGUCCGUUGCCCACAUGGAGUUUCUCUACGACCAGUCACCCGAGAGCAUGAGGAGCUCUGCAGCAGCCCUGUUUUGGAUCGCCAUCGCGAUCGGGAGCUACACGGGCACCCUCAUGGUGUCGCUGGUGCACAAAUACACCGCGGAAUCGGGGAACUGGCUGCCUGAUAGGAAUCUCAACCGUGGGAAGCUAGACUACUAUUACUGGCUUGCCACCGGAAUUCAAGUCAUAAACAUCAUAUACUUUGUAACAUGUGCUUACUUCUAUAAGUAUAAACCCUUGCAACAGCUCACUGAUGAAGGGCAACAACUAGAUGUUGAAUCUGCUGAUGAUAACAAGCCAUUCCCAACUCCAACUCCUCCUAGCCAUGUUUAACAAUGCAUAUUCAUCCCAAUUGAUACAAAUAAAUACAAAAUUGUCUUGUGAUUUGAUGUA